AAUGGAUUAUUAUUAUUAUUUCCAUUAUUUAAUGAUAAUAAUCAUCAUCAAUUCAUUGUCAGUUUUCUGUCAGGAACAGAGUCAAAGAGAAUAUCGUGAAUUAAUAACAGAACAAAUUAUUUUCUUACCUAAAUAUUAUCAAGUUUUUAACCAUACUGACUUACCAGUUGUAAAAAACGAGUUGUCAAUUACGCUAAAAAUAAAUAUUAUAAAACAUGAAUACAACGGCUACUACCAUACCAUUUUUUAUAAAGGUAACACAUCUGACAAUCAAACACCUUCACUCUGGCUAAGAGCAACUGAACCAGUUCCGUUAGUAAGGUGUUCGACUACUAGUAACAUUAGAACUGGAUUUGAGUUGGAUGAUUAUGAAUUCCGAAUUACUCAAUGGUACCAUAUAGCUUAUACAAUUUCAGACCCUGAUAAACGAAUGAAUUUGUAUAUAGAUGGUAAAUGGGUUGGAUCUUACAGUCUCAGAAUAAUCCAGAAUGAAUUUAUCAUAUUCAAUGAUGAGCCGUUAUAUAUUGGAAAAAACCCCCAUUCCGCUAGUAACGAUGGAUUUUUUGGACUAAUUAGUAAUUUUCGUUAUUAUAACUUUCGUCUAUCUCACGAAGAAGUAUUAAAGGAUUAUUCGGGUGAAGAUCCAACAAUAAUCAAUGAUGAUGAUUCGGGAACAACUAGUAAUUUUAUUUUAGUUAUAGUAUCAUACUUUCUUGGUAUGAUAACUUUAGCAGGUGGUUAUAUUCUACGUAAUAGUAUAAAUCGAAGACAAUAUCAAACAAUCGAUUGAAGAAUUAAAUAAUAGAUUUUUUGGAAUAAAAAAGUAAAUAUAUUUCAUUACGUUAAAAAUAUGCCUGCAUUGCAAAGAAGCGGUGUAAGAUCAUAUUUCAUUAAAUUUAGUUAUCACUAAACGGGGAAGUUCAGUCUAAAUCAUAGGAGACCUUAAAAAAUAAUGAAUUGAACUGAAAAAAUUAAAAAUUUGUAUGGAGAUAGAUACCUACUUUCAAAAUUUUUUACACAUCACUUAUUUG